AGUAAAGCUUCUGAUUGAGACCAAAAACCAGGAAAAUAGGACAAAAGCACAGCUUAAAGUUUCUAAAACCAAUUUGAAAGAUGAAAAAAAAAGUGAAAAGUGGCGAAAGUGGACCAAAGUUGUUGCUGUUUUGCCAGCUUUCGCCCAGUUGGCCGCGAGUUUUGGCACCGAACGGUCUACGAAAAUGAGCGAAUUUUCCGGUCGCACUUCCGCUUCCUGCUCUUCCACUUUCCGCAGCUCAGCCAUUUGUUGUUAUUGUUAUUUUUAUUGUUAAAUCAAAGUGAUCGAAAACUUGUUGUUAAACAGAGUGGCCAAAUGAAAAAUCUUCUUAAAUAAGCUUGAAAGGAGAGAUGAAUCUGAAUUGGUAGUAAGACACGGCUGGCUAUGAUGAGCUUCACCAUUACCCUGGCGCUACUGCUCCUGGCAGUUCUCAUCCUGGGCAUCCUGUUCGCCUGUCAUUGCCUUGGUCCAAGGGCCGCCAACUGGAUGCGGAUGCGAUCCAGCAAAGAGGAGAAGAUCGGACUGUCCAACCACAAGCAGAAGCUCUUCCAUGCUAAUGGUUAUAUGGCCAGUAUCCAAUCUGGCUCCGAGUUCCUGCUGAGCACCAGUGGCAGUUUCAAGCGCUUCGAUACCAUCGACAAGGAGGACUACAAUCGCUCCCAGCAGACGGCGCAGACGCAUUUGCUCUUGAUGAACGGUGGCGGUGCGACUUCAAUAACCGGAUCAUCUAGCGGCCUGGAGGCCACUACACCUAUGUGGACCCUUCCCCAUUCGAAUAUUAUUAUUCCGCCGCCGCCCAAUCGACCGGCGCCGACUCCAUUUGGUGCCGCAAAUGCCGCUAAGACGGUGACCUUCUCUUUUAGCCAAGUGAACGAGGUCAACACGCCGGGUGAGAUGGUGACUCCCAUUGAUCAGGAGCGUCGUUCCUGUUUGCGGAUGAAUGGUGGAUCUGGUAAUGGUCAUGGUAUUCUGCCACAGCCAUUGGAGGCACCACCUCCGCCACGGCUCACCACUUCAGUGUCGGUGAACAUGUCAGGCACAGCCAUACCCAGACCGAUUGCCAAGCGACAGGUGUCCCUGCAGCAGGGCAUCAAUGGAGGUGGUCAGGUGGAGAAGCCAAAGCUGGAGAAUGAAAGGAAACCUCCCGCCUUGAAGCGUAGAAACUCCAGCACAAAUCCUUUCCUUUGCGAAUCCACGGAACAGAUUCCCAGUAAUCCUCCAUCCGAUCCCUUGAAUGCUGCUGUUGUUUCCCUACAAAGCACCACGAUCUCUGAAAGUCCAAGUCCUCCUAUUACCACUGCCCCAAAAGCUCCGAUUACAGCUCCCCCAACUGCCCCGGCUGCUAAGGAAACUCCAACCACCCAUCACAAUGGCAAUCCCUUUGUGGAAACCCAAAGCCUGUCCAGCAGAUUGCUGAAACUCCACAACACCACGAAUCCUUUCACUGGUCUCUCUCAGCGUGUCAAGGGUCCGCAUCUAUUGCAAAAGACCAUCUCCGAGGAUUAUCUCUUCAGGAAAAUAGGUGUCCAUAGUCCGUUGGUCAAUGGCAAUGGAUCGGGAUCGGGUUCUGGCCAUGUCAACGGGAAUGGCAAUGGAACUUGGUCAUUCGGAAGAUCUUUACUACGACAGGAUUCCACUUUGAGUCUGGGUUUGGGUAGAAGGAAUAGCUCACAGGUAUCACUGGAUUCUGGUUCGGGUUCGGCUGCCGGUUCAGUGGAGGGAAUCAAUCUGGAAAGAGCCACCUCCUGUGAUUCUGUGACCUCGGAUUCCACGAUAUUCUUGGAUCAACUGGAUCAGCCCUACACCCAGAUAACCGGAUAUCUAUGCGUUGGCCUUAACUAUGACCAGAACAGCAUUAGCAAUGAGGGCAUGGAGCUGACUGUUAGUGUCCUGGAGGCCAAGGGACUGCUGUGUCCUUUCGCCGUGGAAUCGCUGGACACUUUUGUGCGCAUCUACUUGGUGCCAGAUCAUCCCGGAGCCAUGCAAACUAAGGUGGUCAAGGCUGCCCUGACACCCAACUACAACGAAAGCUUCAAUUUCUGGCUGCAGAAGCGACAGGCGCGUCACUCCUUGUGGUUUCAUCUGUACCAUAAUGGCCCAGCGCACACGCUGAUUGGAGAGGCGGAGAUGGAGAUAGGGGAGAUGCCAAGACCCAUCACCACAUGGAUACCACUUUCGGAUUCCCGCAAAUGCAACGCCCGUUGGGGUGAACUGAUGUUCUCGCUUAGCUACUUGCCCACGGCGGAACGUCUAACCAUUGUGGUGGUCAAGGCCAGGAAUCUCAAGCUGGAUGGAGAGCAACCAGCUCCAGAGUCCUCGGAAUCGGUGCACAGCAUCUUCGUCAAGGUCUACCUGAUGGACAACGAUCGCAAGGUGCUGAAGAAGCGCACCUCGCUAAAGCGCAAGGAUCGCAGUCCGAUCUUCAAUGAGUCGAUGAUCUUCAGUGUGCCGCCACCCAGUCUGACCACUACUCAACUCCGGGUGACUGUAUUCGGAGUGACAGCAAAGGGGGUGACCCCCUUGGGACACAUCGUGGCUGGCAGCUGUGCGGUUGGCAAAGGAUUACGUCAUUGGCACCAGAUGCUCUCGUCGCUAAGGAAACCCGUGGCCAUGUGGCAUGUCCUACGGCGGGCGGUCAAUCAGCCGAUUUUUACGGGCGGCGCCGAGGCGGUGGUGGCUGCCAUGCAAAACACUCUGCAGCGGUCCACCGCCAAGCGGAACAGCAUCGUCUAAAGUGGAGAUCAAAAGACGAUCAUAGGAUACACAAGCGGCAAUGUCGGCAUCGUCGGCUUACAUCAAUUGCGAAAUUUUCCGCAUCGCUGGCACUAAAUUUGAUGCCAUUUAGUUGGAAAAACCCCUUUUUCGAAAGAGAUACCUUAUUGAAAGAAAAUCAAAAAGAAAACACACAGAAAACCUUGUGGAAAAUUGCAUUUACCACACUCUAGCCAUGAGACUUUCUUACUUUUCUACUGCUUACCAAGAACACAACCAGAAGUAUUAUUAUAUAGAGCCAUGUAAUCUAAAAACCCGCACCAAAGGACAAACGAGCCUAUUAACUAGUUAUAUAUAUAUAUACAUAUGUAUAUAUAUAUAUAUAUACUAUAUAUACCAAUAUUGUCGCGCACUAAUUGUUAUGUAAAGAUUUUUAUUGAUACGAGUAUAUCUGGUAUGUCUGGUAGAUAAUGCAGCCUCGAUCUGAGAGAGUCACACUUGAAAAUUGUUAUAAAUUUGUCGCAUACAGCAAGGGAAAUAAUUGUAUUUUAGGAUUUAUUGGAGGCUUUCUAAAGCUUAUAGAUCCUGGAGAUAGAUUUACUGGGAUAUUUUAAUAUACUUUAAAUAGUUUUAAGUUUUUUUAUAGAUUUAUUUUAUGUUUUAGUGAAACUUUUAGAGCAAAAACCAUUACCAAAAAGUUGAUUUCCUUCAAAAACGAACUCCUAAAACUUAUCUUAAGUUUAUAAACUAUAUUUUAAUCUUUCUUUAAACUCAUCUUAAGAAAUAUGUUAGAGUAAGACCCUUAAAAGGUCAUGUUUAUCUUACUCGUUUACAUUUCAGUACUCAAAUUAUUUUCAUAUUCGAAGAUCAUCUGCCACUUGAGAUCUCAAAUUUCCCAUUUUACUAUUCCUCAGUGUAAGUUUACGUUGAAAGAAAACCCAAAAGGAUAUCAGAGAGAAAGCAAAGUAAUUACAAUUAUUUCGCGAGCUGUAUGAUAUAGUUUAGCGACCAGUGAGCCUGUUAUAUUAAAAAAAACUCUAUAGAUAGAUCGUCGGUUUGGCAAUCAAUCGUUGUUGAAUUUGUAACCCAGUCGAAGUCGAAAAUCGAUAGGCGGUUUGAGCCCUUUAAGCAUUGUGAUAUGAUGAUAAAAUAGCAAAUGAAAUGAAUUCAGAGUGUCGUAUCGAUCGAUGGUAAUCAAAGUAUUUACGAUAGUUGCAAUCCUUAGCCAAGAUAUAUAUAUAUCUAUGUCUGUGUACUAUAUUAUAUAAUUAUAAUAAUUAUAUAUAUAUUAUAUAUAUAAUGUAUUUGUACUUUUGUGAUUUCCGUUCGUUCGAAUUUUUGUAGAGCCGCGUGUUUUUUGUAAUUAGAUUUAGUUGGUUUAAGGAUCAAAAACUUUUUAAUGGGGAAAUAUAUACACACACACACACACACAGACACAGACACUUACACACAUAUAGAUUUCCAUUUAGAGAGCGUUUUUUAAACAGUAAAGGACAAUAACUUUGCAAGCAUUUAUAAUUAUAAUUACAUUUAUCAAACUAUAAUUAACAGUUCAUUGUUGGACCCCGACCCCAGACCCCAGUUACAAGAUUACCAAUAACCAGUUUGUCCACUGGAUUCGUUAUAGUUUACUAUAUAUAAUAGAUUGCACUCGAAUUGAAUGACUAGUCCAGUCCUUUCCUAAACUUGCACCUGUAUUCUGACCAAAACAAAUCGAAUCAAAAACCUGGCACACUCUUAGCUGAAGCUUUAAUCUAUGUACUCCUCUUAAUAGUCAUCUUUUUAAAGUCACACUUACUAAAAUGAUUAUAUACUAUAUAUGACAGAGGGGACAGUGCGUUUCACAAUUGUAUAGGCGGAGUGAGAUGAUAUUUAUUCGGUUUGAGAAACUGAAGUUUUCCAUUCUAACAUUUCGAUUACAUAUCCUAAUUAAGAGCUGGCUGACCUUGACAAUCGCCUCAAGUUGGACAUUAUUUUUCACAGAUUUUCAAGUAAAUACAAAUUGUGAAACGAACUGUUCCAGAAAAUAUAUAUAUAUAUAUAUAUAUCUAUAUAUACAAAUACAUAUAUAAAGAAGGCAUUUAAAAGGCAUCAAAUGGAAAGUCCUUCCCCAAAAAAAAACAAAAAAAACUAACUUACUUAGUAUAUAAACCGCUGAGAAUUUUUUUUUUCUUUUUUUACAUACUAUUAGCUAAUGAAAUGAUAAAGCUAAACUCGUGUUGAAUUUGUAUUUAUACGGAAAUAUAUGUAUGUACUUGCUAUAUAAGAAAAAAUGCUACAAAUUGUUAUACAAGUAAACCAAAAAUUGAGUCAAAUAUAUGAAUAAAGAUAUUAAAGGA